GUUAGUGUAGUUGCUGUAGUUGGUGUAGUAGCCGUAGUUAAUGUAGCAGCUGUAGUUGGUGUAGUUGGUGUAGUUAAUGUAGUUGAUGUAGUUAGUGUAGUUGCUGUAGUUGGUGUAGUUGGUGUAGUUGCUGUAGUUGCUGUAGUUGCUGUAGUUGGUGUAGUUAAUGUAGUUGGUGUAGUUGCUCUAGUUGGUGUAGUUGCUGUAGUUGCUGUAGUUGGUGUAGUAGCUGUAGUUACUGUAGUUGCUGUAGUUAGUGUAGUUGCUGUAGUUGGUGUAGUUAGUGUAGUUGCUGUAGUUGCUGUAGUUGGUGUAGUAGCUGUAGUUGGUGUAGCAGCUGUAGUUGGUGUAGGUGCUGUAGUUGCUGUAGUUGGUGUAGUUGGUGUAGUUGCUGUACUUGGUGUAGUUGCUGUAGUUGGUGUAGUUGGUGUAGUUGCUGUAGUUGCUGUAGUUAGUGUAGUUGGUGUAGUUGGUGUAGUUAGUGUAGUUGCUGUAGUUUGUGUAGUUGAUGUAGUUAAUGUAGUUGGUGUAGUUGCUGUAGUUGCUGUAGUUGCUGUAGUUGGUGUAGUUGCUGUAGUUGGUGUAGUUGCUGUAGUUGGUGUAGUUGCUGUAGUUGGUGUAGUUGCUGUAGUUGCUGUAGUUGCUGUAGUUGGUGUAGUUGCUGUAGUUGGUGUAGUUGGUGUAGUUGGUGUAGUUGGUGUAGUUGGUGUAGUUGGUGUAGUUGGUGUAGUUGGUGUAGUUGGUGUAGUUGGUGUAGUUGGUGUAGUUGGUGUAGUUGGUGUAGUUGGUGUAGUUGGUGUAGUUGGUGUAGUUGGUGUAGUUGGUGUAGUUGGUGUAGUUGGUGUAGUUGGUGUAGUUGGUGUAGUUGGUGUAGUUGGUGUAGUUGGUGUAGUUGGUGUAGUUGGUGUAGUUGGUGUAGUUGGUGUAGUUGGUGUAGUUGGUGUAGUUGGUGUAGUUGGUGUAGUUGGUGUAGUUGGUGUAGUUGGUGUAGUUGGUGUAGUUGGUGUAGUUGGUGUAGUUGGUGUAGUUGGUGUAGUUGGUGUAGUUGGUGUAGUUGGUGUAGUUGGUGUAGUUGGUGUAGUUGGUGUAGUUGGUGUAGUUGGUGUAGUUGGUGUAGUUGGUGUAGUUGGUGUAGUUGGUGUAGUUGGUGUAGUUGGUGUAGUUGGUGUAGUUGGUGUAGUUGGUGUAGUUGGUGUAGUUGGUGUAGUUGGUGUAGUUGGUGUAGUUGGUGUAGUUGGUGUAGUUGGUGUAGUUGGUGUAGUUGGUGUAGUUGGUGUAGUUGGUGUAGUUGGUGUAGUUGGUGUAGUUGGUGUAGUUGGUGUAGUUGGUGUAGUUGGUGUAGUUGGUGUAGUUGGUGUAGUUGCUGUAGUUGGUGUAGUUGGUGUAGUUGGUGUAGUUGGUGUAGUUGGUGUAGUUGGUGUAGUUGGUGUAGUUGGUGUAGUUGGUGUAGUUGGUGUAGUUGGUGUAGUUGGUGUAGUUGGUGUAGUUGGUGUAGUUGGUGUAGUUGGUGUAGUUGGUGUAGUUGGUGUAGUUGGUGUAGUUGGUGUAGUUGGUGUAGUUGGUGUAGUUGGUGUAGUUGGUGUAGUUGGUGUAGUUGGUGUAGUUGGUGUAGUUGGUGUAGUUGGUGUAGUUGGUGUAGUUGGUGUAGUUGGUGUAGUUGGUGUAGUUGGUGUAGUUGGUGUAGUUGGUGUAGUUGGUGUAGUUGGUGUAGUUGGUGUAGUUGGUGUAGUUGGUGUAGUUGGUGUAGUUGGUGUAGUUGGUGUAGUUGGUGUAGUUGGUGUAGUUGGUGUAGUUGCUGUAGUUGGUGUAGUUGGUGUAGUUGGUGUAGUUAGUGUAGUUGGUGUAGUUGGUGUAGUUGGUGUAGUUGCUGUAGUUGGUGUAGUUGCUGUAGUUGGUGUAGUUCGUGUAGUUGGUGUAGUUGGUGUAGUUGGAGUAGUUGUUGUAGUUAAUGUAGUUGGUGUAGUUGUUGUAGUUACUGUAGUUGCUGUAGUUGCUGUAGUUGCUGUAGUUGGUGUAGUUGCUGUAGUUGGUGUAGUUGGUGUAGUUAAUGUAGUUGGUGUAGUUAAUGUAGUUGGUGUAGUUGGUGUAGUUAAUGUAGUUGAUGUAGUUGGUGUAGUUGCUGUAGUUGCUGUAGUUGGUGUAGUAGCUGUAGUUUCUGUAGUUGCUGUAGUUAGUGUAGUUGGUGUAGUUGGUGUAGUUGAUGUAGUUGCUGUAGUUGCUGUAGUUGGUGUAGUAGCUGUAGUUGGUUAGCAGCUCUAGUUAGUGUAGUUGGUGUAGUAGCUGUAGUUGGUGUAGUUAGCGUAGUUGGUGUAGUUACUAUAGUUGAUGUAGUUGCUCUAGUUGGUGUAGUAGCUGUAGUUGCUGUAGGUAGUGUAGUUGGUGUAGUUGGUGUAGUUAGUGUAGUUGCUGUAGUUGGUGUAGUUAAUGUAGUUGGUGUAGUUGGUGUAGUUGCUCUAGUUGGUGUAGUUGCUGUUGUUGGUGUAGUAGCUAUAGUUGGUGUAGUUGCUGUAGUUAGUGCAGUUGGUGUUAGUUGCUGUAGUUGAUGUAGUUGCCGUAGUUGCUGUAGUUGUUGUAGUAGCUGUAGAUGCUGUAGUUGCUGUAGUUGCUGUAGUUGCUGUUGUUGCUGUAGUUGGUGUAGUUAGUGUAGUUGGUGUUGUUGCUGUAGUUGCUGUAGUUAGUGUAGUUGCUGUAGUUGGUGUAGUUGAUGUAGUUAGUGUAGUUGCUGUAGUUGGUGUAGUUGGUGUAGUUAGUUUGGUAGCUGUAGUUGGUGUAGUUGGUGUAGUUGCUGUAGUUGGUGUAGUAGCUGUAGUUGGUGUAGUUGCUUUAGUGUAGUUGGUGUAUUUGCUGUAGUUGGUGUAGUUAGUGUAGUUUGUGUAGUUGGUGUAGUAGCUGUAGUUUGUGUAAUUUGUUUUGUAGCUGUAGUUGGUGUAGUUGCUGUAGUUGCUGUAGUUUGUGUAGUUAGUGUAGUUGGUGUAGGAAGUGUAGUUGGUGUAGUAUAA